UCCAUCCAUCCCUCCCUCCCGGUCCUUCCCCUUCUCCUCCAUCCACCCACCUCCACUAUCUGGCCUUCCCUGUUCUCCUGGUCCCCACACCUUAGUUUCACUCAUCCUGACUUGUCCUUUUUCCUUGCUUUGCCCUCCUGUCUUUGCGUUCAGCAUCACCUCCAGGUUCAAGACCUCCAUCCCUUGCCUGCCUUCUUGUCUCCCGGUCUCCUUGCCUGCUGGCUCCCCAGGACUCCCAGCCCUGACUUUUCUUCUCGCUUUUCCAGUCCGGGUGCUGCAGGUCACCUGCCCUCAGGAGCCCUCCUCCCUCGGGAGAGCUCUCAGCUGUGACUCCUCCUCGGCCCCUCCUCCUGCCCGGCUCACCUUUAAUUGAGAUGCUAAUGAGGCUUCUGCGGCUUCCAUCCCGGCCCGGCGGGCGGGCUCCCCAGUCUGGCUGCUGCACCUGUCAGGUGAGGGGGAGGAGAAGCCGGGCUGCCAGAUUCAACUGGAAAGGAACCAGUCCCAGUCCAGCCACAACCUGGGAGUGGGAAGCAGAAGGCAGCCCAGACCUCUCAGAGCCCGGCCGUCCCUGGGACCGAGAAGGAGUCAGGUCACAGCCCGAGGUCAGGCCCGGGGGCCAGAGGAGAGAGUCCAGACCGCAGGGGAGAGAGGGCCGGGUGGGGAGGGAGAGGAAGAGGGGCAAGAUCGGAGAGCCUGACACCCGGAGAGGAAACAGGCAAGAAAGAGAGCCGAGAGACCCGAAGAGAAGCGAAAGGCGGAGAGAGGGACAGAAAGAGAGAGACGGAGGCAGAGAGAAGCUAAGACACAGAUAUUGGAGGAAGAAGACCAAAGACAGAGAUUGACUGAACAGAGGAGACAGAGGAUACAGACAAGGAGAGUCUAGGACAGAAACCAAAGGGAGCCUUAUCACGGAGGCAGAGAGGCCACACAAGGGAGGCUCGGCUCCAGCAAUUCUGACCAGACUCUGGCAGGGCUCAUGAAGGGAGACAAGCCUGAGGAGCCGGGGCCGGGCCCUGAGCCUUCGGGCCCCCCGCCGCCCACGGAGGAGGAGGAGGCCCUGCUCGAGUUCCACCGCUCCUACCGGGAGCUCUUCGAGUUCUUCUGCAACAACACCACCAUCCACGGCGCCAUCCGCUUGGUGUGCUCACAGCACAACCGCAUGAAGACAGUCUUCUGGGCCGUGCUCUGGCUCUGCACCUUCGGCAUGAUGUACUGGCAAUUCGGCCAGCUCUUUGGAGAGUACUUCAGCUAUCCCGUCAGCCUCAACAUCAACCUCAACUCGGACAAGCUCAUCUUCCCCGCUGUCUCCAUCUGCACCCUAAACCCCUACAGGUACAAGGAAAUUCAAGAGGAGCUGGAGGAGCUGGACCGCAUCACGGAGCAGACGCUCUUCGACCUGUACGAGUACAACUCCUCCAACUCCCUUGCGGCCCAUUGCCCCCCUCCAGCCCUCUGGUUCCGCCUGCGCGCCGGAGUCGGCUCAGCCCCCGGCCCUGCGCGACCCUCCUUCGCUGCCAAUGAAGAGGCGGGAAAUCCUUGCUUCACCCUCCUCAGAGGCUGCAUAAAUGACUGCAAGUGCAACCAGAACAAAUCGGACUGCUUCUACCAGACGUAUUCGUCAGGGGUGGAUGCUGUGAGGGAGUGGUACCGCUUCCACUACAUCAACAUUCUGUCCAGACGGAGACAGGACACCUCUCCCUCGCUGGAGGAGGACGUGCUGGGCAAAUUCAUCUUCACCUGCCGCUUCAACCAGGACUCCUGCAAUGAGGCGAAUUACUCUCACUUCCACCACCCGAUGUUUGGAAACUGCUACACUUUCAACGACAAGAACAGCUCCAACCUCUGGAUGUCCUCCAUGCCCGGGGUCAACAACGGUCUGUCCCUGACACUGCGCACAGAGCAAAAUGACUUCAUUCCACUGCUGUCCACGGUGACUGGGGCCCGGGUGAUGGUGCAUGAACGGGAUGAGCCUGCCUUUAUGGAUGAUGCUGGCUUUAAUCUGCGACCCGGCGUGGAGACCUCCAUCAGCAUGAGUAAGGAAGCUGUGGACAGACUCGGGGGCGACUAUGGUGACUGCACCAAGAAUGGCAGCGAGGUCCCGGUGGAGAACCUUUACAAUACCAAGUACACGCAGCAGGUGUGCAUUCAUUCAUGCUUCCAGGCGAGCAUGAUCAAGGAGUGUGGCUGUGCCUACAUCUUCUACCCACGGCCCGACGGCGUAGAGUUCUGUGAUUACAGGAAGCAUAAUUCCUGGGGUUACUGCUACUAUAAGCUCCAGGAUGCCUUUUCCUCAGACCGUCUGGGCUGUUUCACCAAGUGCCGGAAGCCAUGCAGUGUGACCAUCUACAAGCUCUCUGCCAGUUACUCACAAUGGCCCUCCGUGACAUCCCAGGACUGGGUCUUCCAGAUGCUGUCCCGACAGAACAACUACACCAUCAAGAACAAACGGGAUGGAGUUGCCAAACUCAACAUCUUCUUCAAGGAGCUGAACUACAAAUCUAAUUCUGAGUCUCCCUCAGUCACGAUGGUCACCCUCCUGUCCAACCUGGGCAGCCAGUGGAGCCUGUGGUUCGGCUCCUCCGUGCUGUCCGUGGUGGAGAUGGCUGAGCUCAUCUUUGAUCUCCUGGUUAUCACCUUCCUCAUGCUGCUCCGGAGGUUCCGAAGUCGAUACUGGUCCCCAGGCCGAGGGGGCAGGGGCACCCAGGAGGUGGCCUCCACUCCAGCCGCCUCCCUCCCCUCCAGUUUCUGCCCCCACCCGGCUUCCUCCUCUUCAUCCCUGCCGGACCCUGCCAUCUCCCCGGCCUUGUCAGCCCCUCCACCUGCCUACGCUACCCUGGGUCCCCACCCGGCUCCAUCAGGCUUGGCAGAGGCCAGCACCUCUGCCCACGCUCCGGGAGAGCCCUGAGAGGGAAGGACAGUGUCCCCUCCCCAAGGCAGGCACUUCCCUUGGUGGGAGGGAUCCAGCCUUGGCAAGGCUCAAAAAUGUUUGGCGGCUUCCUCUCAGAGCUGCCCAGCUACCCCGGUGUGUGCGUGGGUGGUGGGCCGGGGUGUGUGUGUGUGUGUGUGUGUGUGAAGCAGGAUGGAUAGGGGGCUGUGGAAAUUGCCUGGAGACCCCCAGCCAGCAUCACCCUGGUUCCUCCCCGGACCCGCUGGUCUUGCCUCGAGAACACUUUGCUCUCCCCCACCCCAGUGCAGCCAAGUCCUCUUUUCCCUUGGAUCAGCCAAGCCAAACUUGGAUCUCUGACAAACAACUUUCCUAGGAAACAACGGACGACCAGAACAAAACAGACAAGGGCAUACAAAGGCGUGUGUGGUUUCCUUCCUAAAGAUGGUUGAUUCGGCUCCAGAAUGGCCCUCCACACUGCCUUCCAGUGACACAGGCGUUUGCUCCUCUUCUUGAACGGGGGUGGGGAACCCCACCCCAAAAGCCCCCUCGGUUAGUUGCUAGGCAAUUCUGUUUGCCUGACUCCUAGGGCAGGGACUGGGGCAGCCCAGUGUAGUGAAGACCUGGAUUCCCAGUCAGCCUCACUACCCCAUCCCCCCCACGGAGCCUCGCCCAGUGCCUCUGCCCUGAGUCCUCGUCCUUUGUAACUCUGCGUAUUUGCUCAAGCUAUUUCCUUAGUCUGGAAGCCUCCCCCGCACCCCCCGCGUCUGCUGGAGAACUCCUAUGCAUCCCUGAGAACCCUGCUCGGAUACCAUUACUUCUGUGAAGGCUUCUUCCCCACCCUGUCUUCCCCAGAUCUUACCACUUCCCUCUCCCGUGGACUCCCAUCAUACACCAUCACAUCUGUGGAAGUGCUGACGCUGCAUUUAAUUUUCCUGUUCAUUUGUGUCUGUGUCCCCAGCAUGACUGAGCUCACAGUGGUUAGGGAUUGAGUCUUGUUCACUCAUGUAUCCUCACAGUCUAGCCCAGUGUCCCACUUGGAGCAAGUAGGCAGGUACUUAAUAAAUGUUGCAUAAAGAA